AUGAGUUUGUCUAUCUACCUCAUUGCUACUAGUGUUGAUGAGAGGUUUCUAGGAGAUCUUGUUCACUGUUUGUCUUCUUAGUUAUUAAUUUUAAAAGUUUAGUCGACUGUAAACAUGAAACCAACGCUUGUUGCUGAUGAAAUGUUUCCUGAAGGUGCUGGCCCUUAUAUGGAGCUGGAAGAGGGAGGAGGCUCAAGUGGACUGUUAAUGGAUCUUGCUACAAAUGAAAAAGCUGUUCAUCCUGACUUCUUCAAUGAUUUUGAAGACCUAUAUGAUGAUGAAAAUUUGGAGUGAUUUAACAUUUUUAAUUGAGAAAAGUUGCUUAAUGUUAUAAGAAAAUAUUGGUCUUUCAUUUAGUUUAAAAUCCAAAGUAUUUAUUAAUUUUUCUAUUUAGAAAUAAUAUUAAAAGUUUUAUUAUAAGUA